AAUCAGUCGAGUGAGGAUCUCCGACACGGCAACAACUACAGCGCACUCACCAUCUGCCUUCUUCACCGUAUUGCCAGUUCGCAACCAUGGUUAUCUAAGUCGUCGUAUGCUGUUGGGUGUUGUAUCGUUGAUUGGUGGGUCGACCAUUGGUGUACCGAUGUCUCCUGGGGUAUGGCGAAUGUCAAACCGCAAUGCUGCCGCCUUGCUACGCAACAACAACAUACGCAACAACCGGUUCCUACACCACCAAGGCUCAAGAGUGUUACACCACAAUUUAUGAUGCCACGAGCUGCUACACCGAAUCCCGAAGUAUAACUCUGCCCCGAGUUACAUCACUAAGGCACCGGAAUUGUCUAUUUAUGCUGCCCCUGCCUACUACACCGAGGCCCCGCGUUACUACAACACCGAAGCGCUCAAUUACUACACUACAACCUACGCUGCCCCGAACUACUACACCUACGUCCUGAAGUGUUACUGUGCGUAUGAGGAGUCGUCCCCGAACUGCAGAGCCUUGUCUGUCACCAACUGCAUUCCUCAUCGUGUAACCAGUUCGCAAUUAUGGUUAACUAUGGUGUCGUGCUGCUGUUGGGUGUUGUAUCGUUGAUGGCUGGAUCGACCACUGGUGUACCGAUGUCUCCUUGGUAUGGCGAAAACCAAACCACAACGCCGCCGCCUUCCUACACAACUUACGCAACGACGAGUUCCUGCACCGAGGUCUUCAAGUACUACACCACUAAAGCACCGGAGUUUGAUACCACAACUUACGCUGCCCCGAGCCACUACACGGACACCCUGAAGUAUUACUCUGCCCCGAGUUACUACACCACCAAGGCCACGGAGUACUACAUGACAGCGCAUGCCACCCCAUCCGACUACACCGAGGCUCCCAACUGCUACACCGAUGCUCCUGCUGAUAACUCCACCAAAACAAUCGAAUCCUACACCGAAGCGGCAAAGUACUACUCUGUCCCGAGCUACUCAACAAGAACUGAGGCGGCCAAGUAUUACUACACUGAUGCUCCAGUCUACUACACCGACCUACGCUACACCUAGCUACAACACCGCAGCCCCCAAGUACUACACCGAAGGAGCCGCCUAUUACACAACCACGUACGCUGCCUGGUAUACUACAUCGAGGAAUUUAAGUAUUAUCCUGCUCCAAACUACUACCAUCUGAAGUUCAUAUGUAUUUUACACCAGCAAUUCUCCUGACUUUGUCACCACUACUUAUGUUGCUCCGACCUAUGGAAGUUCUGAAGUAUUUCACUGGAUGUGUUGAAAGAUUGCUGAAAUACAAGAUUGAUCGAUAAA